AUGAAGGUUACGUUACUGAAGAAUUACCAGAAGUGGAGAAUUGAAUGCCCAGAAAUAAGUGCAGAUUUACGACCAUCUUCUGUUCUUGGUCUCUUACUUGCUGGCUAUCAUGGAGUCCUGAGAUCAAGGGAUCCACAUGGAAGCAAAGUUCUAAUAUACAGAAUUGGACAGUGGGAUCCCAAGUUAUUUACAGCAUACGAUGUAUUUCGUGUAAGUCUCAUCACAUCUGAACUCAUUGUAAAGGAGACUGAGACUCAGCGGAAUGGAGUCAAGGCUAUCUUUGAUCUUCAAGGGUGGCGAUUUGCUCAUGCAUUUCAGAUCAGUCCAGCAGUGGCCAAGAAAAUUGCUGCUGUUCUGACA